ACGAAUAUAUUUAAUUUAUUUUUUAUUUGUUAUUUAGAUAUUGGUUAAGAAAUGUAGGAGUUGAAGUACUUUCUGUGUAUAAAAAAGUUUAUAGGACAAACAAUAAUAUUGAAUCUUUCCAUAAUAAACUAAGGCAAACUUUUCAAGUAUCACACCCUAACAUAUGGGCAUUUUUAGGUAAUAUGUGCUGAAAUAACUAAAAAUUAUAUUUGUUUGAACAUACAUACACUACAUUAUUAGUUAACCACAAUACAUUUAUUUAGGAAAUUUAUGUAAAAUAAACACAAAUUAUUCAAUAAAGUUGAAUCAGUUGGAAAACGGUUUAGCUCUCUCUCGAAAUAUGAAAUCAAAGUAUAUAACAAACGAUUCUAGAAUUAGAACAGCUAGUCGUCAACUGCGUCAAGGUAGACUCAGCAUUAAAAGUUUCCUUUUAAGAUGUUCAUUCACCGUAGCAGGAUAUGAAGAAAGGAUGCGUUUUAUGGCGUUGGGUCAAAAUAAUAUAGAACCUUUGUUGAUGAAUGAUGAUAAUCUUGACGUUACUGUAGAAGAGCCUGCCUACAAUGUAGAAGAACCUCUGGUUAAUGAAGGUGUGCAUAACAUAAAUGCAGACAACUUAUUUGAUAAUCUUGACGUUACUGUAGAAGAGCCUGCCUACAAUGUAGAAGAACCUCUGGUUAAUGAAGGUGUGCAUAACAUAAAUGCAGACAACUUAUUUGAUAAUCUUGACGUUACUGUAGAAGAGCCUGCCUACAAUGUAGAAGAACCUCUGGUUAAUGAAGGUGUGCAUAACAUAAAUGCAGACAACUUAUUUGAUAAUCUUGACGUUACUGUAGAAGAGCCUGCCUACAAUGUAGAAGAACCUCUGGUUAAUGAAGGUGUGCAUAACAUAAAUGCAAACAACUCAUUAGAUAUCGAUUCUGAAAAUAGUGAUAGUAUGAUAUUUGUAAGACGUAGAAGAAGGAUUUUUAGCAUCACUGAUGAUGAAUCCGAAAAUGAAUCAAAUCGUUAUGGUGUUGAAAACCCAGAAGUUCCACAACAUGAACCUCAUAUUAAUAUUUUUGAUGAAUUCCCUAGCGAGUACAACGGGGAGCUUGAUCUACAAGGAGUAGAAGCAGUGGUUGACCAAAAUAAUGUUGACGUUGUCAUGUUGUUAGACAAUGACCCAGGUAAUAUAAACUAA